AUGACGUCAUUUAGUUACGGUUCUGGCGCCUUAACUCGACGGGCAAGUGGAAUUAGUACGUCGGUCGCUUUUAAUCCCGAUAACACGUCAAAAUGCAUCAGUCAUGGAAAGUCGGCCGACCGUACUCCGGGACUCCGGGGGGAUAAAUUAGUUUUUGACCAAUUAUCUGGUAUUAGAUGGCAACAGGGGAACACCGGUGGUAUGGAUAAAGUGGUUCAAUGGAAGAUCGUGUCAACUGGCUCCAAUGGUAGUCAGCUAGUGGACUGCAGCUAUGUCACGUCGUCGUGUCGUAGCAUAAUCGAUUAA